UUACUUCAAAAUAUUUACAAACGUGUUUUGUGGCCACAUGCGCUUCGUUAGUGUUUCUCGCCAAUCUCUUCAGAAUUUUGAUUAAAUUUCGUUCCAAGAGUGAUCAAUUAAAAAUUAGCUGAAAUCCGCUAGUCAUGGGUUUCGCCGAGGAAGAUGUGAAACCGUCCGGGGAUGGGAAAAACGCCUUCCACCAUAGAGACAACGACGACCACAAGGGCUUCAGCAAGAACGCGAUCCGCAAACGAAGUCGCGAAUUUGCCCACCACCAGAAUCGCAUCAUUGUUCGGAAUGUUUCCUACAAAAUAACCGAUAAACUGCUGCGGUCCGAGUUCGAGAAGUACGGGACCCUGGAGGAGGUCAAUAUCCUGAAACGGCCCGAUGGCCGACUGGUUGGUUGUGUGUUCCUGCAGUAUACGAAGCGCGAUGAAUCCGAUCGGGCCAUUCAGGAAAUGGACGGAAACAUCUUCAUGGGUAGAAAGCUGCAGGUUUGCUACGCUCAGCACAAGGGCACGUACAAAAAGGCGAAGGUGAAAACCGAGGAAAUCAAAGAAGAACAGGUAGAUGACGAUGUCCAAGAAACCGAAAUCAAGGAAGAAAGUGAGGAAGAAGAAGAUGACGAUGAUGAAGAAGAAGAUGGUGAUGAUGAUGAUGAAGAAGAAGAGGACGAUGAUGAUGAAGACGAAGAAGAUGAUGAUGAAGAUGAAGACGAGAAAGAAGACAUCAAGGAUGUUAAACCGGAGAUCACCCAUAGGGAGAAGAAUCAUCACGAGAUAGAGGAAGGGAGGACGGUAUUCAUCAAAAACGUCCCAUAUGACGCAGACGAAUCAACCAUAAAGGACGUCAUGUCGCAAUUUGGUACUGUGGAAAAAGUCCUCAUCAACAAGGAACGGGUAUCUGGACACUCGAAAGGAACUGCCUUCGUUAUCUUCAAGCUCAUGGAUUCAGCCGAAAUGAGCAGAAAGCAAAGCUUUAAGAUUCAGAUUAAUAAUCAGUUUAUCGAAAUCCUAGAAGCACUGAAGAAGAAGCAAAUUCGAGAGAAAGAGAGCAAGGACAAAGUACCUAAAGACUCUAGAAAUCUGUAUCUUCUGAAGGAAGGUGUCAUAAUGGCCGGUUCACCAAGUGCCAAGGAAGUUUCCAAAUCUGAUAUGGCUCAACGUCUACAACUGGAGCAGCGUUGCGCACAGAUGCUGAAAAGUCUUAACCGUUUCGUCUCGAGGGAACGACUAACAAUCCACAAUCUGCCGGCAAACUAUACGAACAACGAUCUACGACAGAUGGUUCAAAAGCAUGCCGGUAAAAAUCCGCACGAAUGUCGAGUCAUGCGUGAAAACAAACCAUCUUUCGGUAACCCCUCGGGUCAAUCGCGAGGAUACGGAUUUCUGUCCUUCAAAACCCACGCCAUUGCACUGGAAGUUCUCAGAAAACUGAACAACAAUCCGUCAGUUUUCGGCAAAAAUCGCAGACCUAUCGUUUCGUUCAGCAUUGAAGACCGAAAGGUGCACAACAUCAAACAGCAAAGGCUGUUGAAGUCACGACUCAACAACCCCACAUACCAGCAAAAGUUGGAGAAAAUACGUGCCAAGAAAAUAGAGAAGUUAAUUCGCAAGAAGGAACAACAAAUGAACGCCAAGGAGCAGAUGGCCAUAGUGCCGAGCACUCAAUUUGCCGCCAAGCAUGCCAAAGCAGGUAAUCCCAAACCCGUGGCGAAAGAACGUAAACGAAACAUCCUCGAAAGCACCGAAGAGUUCAGUGGAGAAAUUUCGCGCCAAGGCAAGAAGGGCGUGCGAUCGAACCGGAAGAUUAACACUCAAGCGGAAGCUCACAUGCUCCGGCUGAAGGCCGAAAAGAAGGAAGCACGGAAGAAGCGGGUCAAAAAGGAGCACGAACGGAACCGUAACCUCAAGGCGUCGCGACGAGCCCAACAGAAGCAACCCGGUUUCCUGCAGUUGAACAAGGAAGAUCAAUACUUCCAGCAAACCGUUGGAAAGUACAAGGAAAUGAUUAGUCAAGCAACUAGUGUAAGCAAGCGCAAUAAGUGGUACAGUGAAUGAGAUGUGAAUAAAGGCGAAUUUGUUAAUCGUGAGA